CCUGCUUUUCGCUGGCCCGCUGGCCCGGGAUCGACGGGUCCUCGCCUCGGCCGCUGCAGCAGGAGGGAGUCCAGUGCUGGGCGGGCCCAGACCCCCCGAAGAGGAGCUCGCCCCCACCGACCCCCCGUUCGGACGUUUUUUGGGGGGCGGGGGUCCCGGGCCCCGAUGGGGCUGAAGUUUGAGCGGCCGGUUCGGUGUGGCUGUCGGGGGGUGCCCGCAUGCUGAGCUCGCCCGGCCGGGCACGGGGCACCGAGGCGCCUGGGGGCGGCCCCGCCGGCCGACGGCACCAUGUUUCUGGCCGCCUUCUACUUCGUCCUGCCUCUCCUGGAUGCCCUUUCAUCCGCCGAAGUGAGUGGCGGGGAUCGGCCGGACUGCGUGAAAGCCAGUGACCAGUGCCUGAAGGAACAGAGCUGCAGCGCCAAGUACCGGACCCUGAGGCAGUGCGUGGCCGGCAAGGAGACCAACUUCAGCCUGGCGUCCGGCCUGGAGGCAAAGGACGAGUGCCGCAGCGCCAUGGAGGCACUCAAGCAGAAAUCCCUCUACAACUGCCGCUGCAAGCGGGGCAUGAAGAAGGAGAAGAACUGCCUGCGUAUCUACUGGAGCAUGUACCAAAGCCUGCAGGGAAAUGACUUGCUUGAAGAUUCCCCAUAUGAACCAGUUAACAGCAGAUUAUCAGACAUAUUCCGACUAGUCCCAGUCCUAUCAGAUGUUUUCCAGCAAAUGGAGCCGGUCAUUUCCAAGGGAAACAACUGCUUGGAUGCAGCCAAGGCCUGCAAUUUGAACGAUACCUGCAAGAAGUACAGGUCGGCAUACAUCACGCCCUGCACCAGUAGCAUGACCAAUGAAGUCUGCAACCGACGGAAGUGUCACAAGGCCCUUCGGCAGUUUUUCGACAAGGUGCCUCCAAAACACAGCUAUGGGAUGCUCUUCUGCUCUUGCCGGGACGUGGCCUGCACCGAGAGGCGGCGACAGACCAUUGUGCCCGUGUGUUCAUACGAGGAGAAGGAGAAGCCGAACUGUUUGAAUUUGCAGGAAUCUUGCAAGACAAAUUACAUCUGCAGAUCUCGUCUUGCUGAUUUUUUCACUAACUGCCAGCCUGAAUCACGGUCCGUCAGUAGCUGCCUGAAGGAAAACUAUGCCGACUGCCUUCUUGCCUACUCUGGGCUUAUUGGUACUGUCAUGACGCCCAACUACAUAGACUCCAACAGCCUGAGUGUGGCUCCAUGGUGUGAUUGUAACAACAGUGGCAAUGAUUUAGAAGAAUGCCUGAAAUUUCUGAAUUUCUUCAAGGACAAUACAUGCCUUAAAAACGCAAUCCAGGCUUUUGGCAAUGGCUCGGAUGUCAACGUGUGGCAGCCGAUCCUCCCUGUCCAGACUACCACGGCGACAACUACCACAGCCUUCAGAGUCAGGAGCAACAAAUCCCAGGGCAACCCGGGAUCUGAAAACGACAUCCCCACCCAGAAUGAUUUACCCCCAUGUGCAAAUCUACAGGCACAGAAAUUGAAGUCCAAUGCAUCUGGGAACACACAUCUCUGUCUUUCUGAACGUGAUUUUGAGACCACCCGGCACAUGUCAACAGAUUCGUUUGCAGUGCCCACGGGCUUCAAUCUAAGCCUGCUGCUGGUUCUGGUGGCUACAGUCCUGUCCGUCCUCUGGUCCUCACCUUUGGCAGAAACAUUGUAGCUCCAUUCAAAAUGGACGUGCUGAAAUACGAAACAACCAAUUCUCCGAUUCCUGUCCGCUCCGCUCUUGUUUAUUUGUAAGUCCAGUUGUUUUAGGAGCUAAAUUGAGGCACCCUGCUGAAACGGUUUCAGACAACUAGAAUAUUUUUUUUUAAUUAAAGAAAGCUUCUUGUGAUAUUUAGGGGCUUCUGUGAAAUACCUGAUGCAGUGCUACAUUCCAAACCCAGAGGCUUUUGGGUAUGCAGUAUUCUAAAGAGACUGUGAGUCAAUUUGGCCAAAAAUCAACCUAGUAUUUUUUAUUUUUCUAAUUUUAAUUCUGGCUUCUACUGCAAGGGAAUACGUUCAUCUCCCCAAGAUCCUAUGAUCUACUUUAAUGUUUUUGAUUUCCUGUUAAGUGAACGUCAGAUUAAUAUGGGUGCCAGUUUUGUCACAGUGGACUUUCUGACAACAUGCUUAUUGGAUAGAUUGCUACUGAUGUUAAACUUUCUCAACGUAUUUGCAUUCUCCUUACUGUUUAUGUACUGUAAGUGGUUCUGCAUCCUCAACUGCAAAAACAUUGUCACAUACAGAUGUGUUGUAUGUCUUUCAGUUAAAAAUCUCAUAAAAAGUGUUUAAAAACUGCUAACAGCACAUUUAUCAUUUAAAUACACUUAUCUAAGCCUUACAUGGGUGAAAAUUCCUUAAACUAACAAGACUCAAACAUAGUGGAAGCUUAAUGCUAAUAAUCUUUACAUUUAUGAGAUUAUACGUAGAAACAAAUUUUACUAAAUGGUUUCAACUGAUGGCUUUCUAUACCUUCGCUGUAAUAAUACGGUUGUCAUUUUUUUACUGUUGGUUUAAUACAAACCACAUGGAAUUUAUUUUCCACUAUUAAAAAAAAAACAUUACCUUACGUAUAUUAACACUACAAAUAUAAACUCUUUGAAAGCAAAGUUACAUUAUGCUGUAGCAGAAAACCCUCCAUCACAUCAUUGAAGACAGACAAGAGGACAAAAGAAAUGCAGAGGUUAGAUUACUUACUAUUUCUUAAAUGCUAGAACUCACUAUUAGACGGAGAUCAGUCCGGUUUUAAAAUGAUGCAACAUUAUAAUGGCUGCACUGCCAUUUUUUCUUAUUCAAUCCUUUAGGUUUUCAUGCAUUGACAAAGAUGGACUUUGCUGAGUGGUGAUGAUUUCCUACAGGUGACUUUUAUGCCUAACCGUAAUGGCUUGGUUACUGUUCUAUACAGAUCACUUAUUCUGAGUGAUCAACAGUAAUCUGUUUUUGUUGCAUUGCAUUCAUUUUCCAACACUGAGAAAAACUGAUUCAAAGUAAAUGCUUCAUCACAGUGGUGUAUAGUGAAGCUUUCUAAUUCAUUCAAGCUAGCUUGAAACAUCGGAACUGCACAGAUGAGUAUCUAGACUAAGAUAGACUAAGAUAACUAGGGAUCCUCAAGUUAUAAACGUCAAUGUCAUUUAAGAGUGGGGUGGGGGGAAGCAUGCAUCUUAUUAACAAAUAAGUCCAUUUAUUCACCUACUCAUUUUUAUUUUUAAUUCUUCUCAAGCUACUAAACCAAUGCAGGGAAUGGCUAACAUUUCUUUUUGAGGUCUAGGUGUGAGAUGUAAAGGAUACUCUGACAUAAUGCUGGGAUCCUGGGUUCCUCUAUAAAAUAUCAUCCUGCCUUCCAAGGCUAAGAAGUUCCUAAUUGCUUCCAAAUUUGGCUGAGGGACUUUGAAGAGGAAAUCUAUAGGAUAUCAUUUCUGACAUAGUCUCUUGUGCAUGCUGCUUCUUUCCUAGUAAGAAGUAAUCAAAUUACUGGGAAACCGCAGCAAGGUUAAAAAAAAAAAUGUUAGAACUGAGUUAAGGUCUAAAUCUUUUAUCCCCAAUGGAGAAGACUAUCUUCUUAUACCAUAGUACUAAAAAUGCAUAUACCUUCAAAUUGAAAUUGAUGUUGCCUUUGAAACAAAAUCACAAAUAUAGAGCUUUCUUUGAUCAUUGAAAGUAUCUUAAAGAUGCCAUGUAGCACCAUAAAGUGUAAAAUAUAUUUGGAAUGUUAAAACCCCCAUUAGUAUCUAUUGCCUUGAACAUAUUUUGUUUAAAUUAUAGAAACACUCUGAAUCAUCAUUAAGCUAAUUACAUCUAUCUGAUAGCGUGAUCCACAAUAAAAGCUAUUGAUUAAUUCUGCUGUAAAAAAAACAACAACUCCAUUAGCUUCAGAUGACCAGAAAGGAAAUGAUUGUUAUCAGAUCUAAUGAGGAGAGCCUUGAGUAAUAAACUCAUGGAUGUGAAACAGACAAAUUAUAUUUUGAAAAGCCAAGUCUAUCCAUCUUCAACAAGAAAUGUUACUUUUUUCAGCAAAAAAUAGAGUGAUCAAUUGCAUCCUUAAUUUCUAAAUUAAUUACUAAAAGGUGCAGGGGGGAAAGACCCUCAAUAUCUGACACUCAAUUGAGAUUCCUGCAGAUUUCAGCCAGGUAAAUUCUCCUGGAUUCUUUAUGGCCCAAAGAGGCAAGGAUCCUGUCAAGUUAUCAUUGAGAUAUUGUCAACGUAGUCAUCUUCAAGUGAUAGGAGGAAACAAUUGACCUGGUAAUUUUUGUCCUAUCUGAUCAGUUGUAUUGAGUGCAUUGGAAACAAGUACCAGGGAAGCUCAAGCCUGGACUUCUAGGUUUUGGUCUCUGAGUUUCCUCAGCUGCUGUCUUGGGUAGCCAGUGGCAUUCUAGGCCAUAUACUGAUGAUGGCAAGGGAGAUCCCAGAGAUUUCUAUGGCUUGGCUGAUUUUACAUAAUUCUCAAAUUUAGAUGAAUCCAGAGUGGAGAAAGUCAAGCUUCCCUAUUUGCUUAAAAGAACAAAAUCGGCCAGUUAAUAUGAUUAGAAGCACAUGUCAAUUUGAUGUUGAGUCUAUUUGACCAAUGUAUGUUUGAGUGUCUCUGAUAUAGCACAGAAUGACAAUGAGCAAGUGCACAAUUUAUAGAGGGAUGCAAAGUGCUGACCAUAGACCUAUUUUAACAUGUCUGUGUUUUCCAAGCUGCUAAUGUAAGAAGUAUAGGUUACGAGUCACAGAGGUUAUUUUUGGUUAAGAGUAACAAACUGUUGUGGCGAUACAGAUGGUUGUUUAACUGUGUGGUUUCUAUUGAAAAAUCAAAAGAACUUUCUUUUGACGUGAACACAGUAUUAUUAGAUGCCAGAUCCGGAAGUUCAUAAAUAACAGCGCCUGCCUCAUUUGAGAACUGUCACCUUUCAUUUGGUCUAUACUGAGAGCUGUUCCUCUCUUAAAUAGUCAGAAAGGGUGGGCAGUCUACAAAAUACCAUGAUUUGCACAUGCCUCUUCAUACUCUAAAUCAGACCACCCCAAACACCCCAUCUGUUCGCCUGAGAAUGUGGGAGCACAGAAGCACUUUGAGUCAGUGUACAUUCUUCAAAGAGCUGCAGGAAAAGUGGGAGUUCAUUUAAUUAGCAAGUUCUUUUCUUAGAAUUCAGCCCCCAAAACUUUUUUUGUGUGUAGGAACUGAUGGCCUAGGCAGUACUGAGAGUUUUCUGAAAAUAAGUUCUCAGGCCUGAGGCAGUUACUUGAACCAAUAAGCAACGGGACUAAAGAGUGCUGUGUGUAUGAAAACCUCACAGCCUAAGUGGGCUCUUUGAAGCUAAAGGCGCACAGGUAAAUUGGCUAAAGAGGCAAACUCACUGCUGUGAGUUGAGUACGGCCAGCACACUGCAGGAGAACUAAUUUUCAGGGUCGGAGUGAGAAAACUACUUCAAGGGUGCAGGAAGUCAGACAAUACUGAAGGUAGAAACAGCAGACAGGAGACAACCAUAGCUGACUCAGAUUCAUCCAGGUAAAAAGAACUGGAUGAUCACUUUCAAGACAAGAAGAGACAGUUGGUGAUGUGACAACACUCCACUGUGGGAUGUCACUGAGGCCAUUGCUUUUCAUUAUUGAUAAGACUGAGGCACUUUCCUUCCAAUGAAAAGACAGGGGCAUGGUGUAUUAUUGGAAGUAUAAGUUUUUUUUAGGGAGGGAUUUGAGCUCAUAUGGAGGAAACAGGGUAAGUGGCUUCUUGUGCCAAUCUAUCAAAAGAAACUAUUUUGAUCUUAUUAAUUUAAAAGUUUAAUUGUACCUAAACCCUUAGUUUAGGCUAGCCCAGCCACUCCAGUCUGGUUUUGUGUCUUUUGAAAGCUAAACAACAUUCUCUUCCCUGUUUAUGCAAUUCAGUAAAAUCGAGGGAAAGAUAAUCUGUAGUAUUUAAUGAGCACUUACCAUGUGCAGAGCACUUUAAUAAGCACUUGGGAGAGUACCGUACAACAGAGUUGGUAGACAUGUUCCCUGCCCACAGUGAGUAGCUCAGGAAGGGGAAAGACUAGCCUGACUAAGAACAGCUCAGGGGCACUUGGAAGUCACAAAUGACCAGUAGCACUUGUUGUCCCCAUCUACUUGAAGCAGAUGAGGUUACAGAGGGAUACAAGAAAGUUCACCAUGACUAGGGAGGAAAUCACUUGAAGAGCCAAGGAGAGUUGUAGAGUUUUAUCCCUGGAGACCUGGGAAAGAAUGAACAGUUCUCUCCAUCCCCAUUGGUUGAGAUAUUUACCCAUGUGGAGGCACCUUUCCAGCUUAGUGAUUCUCUGAUUCCAUCUCACAUCUAUUGAACAAGAUUCUUCAUGGUAAAUGAUCUCUAAAAUGCCUUCCCACAGCAGGGGCUCUAACUAUCCUAGUUAGCCAGUGUCCGGAGAUGCGCUUGGUUCUUAGGUUGUCAUGGGAGUCUUUGGAACUACUUCAUGGGAACAAAUCACCAUCUCAACAACUGGCUUCGUGAGGCCAACCAUCACUCAGAACCUUCUAAUCACAGCAUUCAUUAGGUACUAAAUCAGGGGUAACAUCAAGGCAGUUGGAUCAGAGAUAUUCUCUGAUCUUGGUGCAUAAUCUACGAGGGAGAGAAAGCAGGUAUUUGAUCUUCAUUCUUACAGAUGGGGGAACAGAGACCCAGAGUUUAAGUGACUUGCCCAAUACAAGCAACAGACCAAUAGCAGAGCUAGGAUUAGAAUCCCAGGGACAUGAUCUUUCCAAAGAUCUUUCCAAUUUACCCUUGGAAAACUCACCCUACCAACUCUUUGCAUACCUCAUUGGAUUCCUUUCCUGACUUUUCUUCCCCUCAAUUUCCUGAAUUUAGUCUUGAACCCCGAGUCGCUUCCCUCAUUUAAACCUGGAUUCCAGAAUCAACCAAUGGUCAGUGUUUAACAGUCCCCGAAUUGGUCAUUGCCACAUGGCUGGAUGGACUCCUCCUGCCCCUCCCCCUUCGCUAUUGAUUCCAGCCCACAGCGUCCCCAAUGCCAUAUCACUUCGGGCUUUUCUUUUUAUUCCUUCUGUCUCUUGUUAUGUUUUUCUCCUGGGAGUUGGCCCCACUCCGUGGGACCCGCAGGGCAAAGGAGGUGUUCCCAGGAGGGCCAAAGGACAAUAUUAGGCAGGCUGGUUCAUCGUAGAGACUUAAGGGAAAAGAGCCAAGAUUGGCCACAUUCAUCUCAAUAGAUGAAGGAGAAAACCGCAAUCUGUUGCCCUGCAGCCAAAUCCUCCGACCCCUAAGGGCCCCGUGCUCAUCUGACCGGUGCAGCUGUGACUGCUGCAGGUGCCAGGACCAGUGCCUUGUCACACUGCCAUGUGGAACCCACUUUUGCCCAGAUGCAUCUGCCAAAUGUUAGUCUCAGUAUCAUUGGGGAUUGGCUCCAGUUUUUCUGCUCUUAAUCCUGCCGCUACAAUUUCUUAUCCUCUACCAAAUUCUGUUGUCUGGGAUAGAAGCCGGCUCUUUCCCUCACCUGUGACACUGGCAAAAUUAAAUGGCUUUACAUAUCCACAGCCCUGCCCUCAUGCUUCGUGUCCAAUCUCCACCUCCUAGAAAAGUGGGGGGGAAUUUUGAGGCCAUAGCAGGGUGGCCUUAGCAGCCUUGCAAGCCGGAUACUUUAAAUCAUGAUUGAAUCUUUUCACCCUGAGCUCUAGGUUUAAGGGGUGAGUCAUAGGAGGGGAUUGGCAUUUAAGUUGGUAUUCUCUAUUUUUGCCCCUGAAUUGUUGUGAACAGCAACCUGCACAUUGAGAUAAAAAAUAAAACGGCAGAGUUGCUCACCCACUCGAAUCCAGCAGUAUCCGAGUGGGAGGCCCAGGACCCCCAAACUUUUAGGGGCUUCCAGUCAGCCUGCACUAGAGUAAGUUCCUUGAGGGCAGGGAUGAUGCCUUCUUACUCUAUUGUGCCCUCCUGAGCGUUUAGUACAGUGCUCUGCACACGAUAAAUGUCAGGAAGGAAUGAAGAAAGAAGUGAGGCCUACCAGAGUUGGAGAUUGGCUGUUGGGUAUCUGCCCCCAAACCCAGCACUCUGUUGGCUUUACUGUCAGUUGCCCCAAGGGAAAUUACAGUAGGCAUAGGGAACUCCCUCAGUCCUCACCCACAUCAUUCUUUCAUUUGGCAAUCUAAAGUAGACAGUCCCAACUCUGAAUGGGCUCUCCUCAACCUGAACUGGAACCCACUGGAGCCCCAGGAGAUGACUUUUGAACAUGCUACUACACCCAGUCUGAGGACAUUGAGUAAUCUUAGAGCUCUGGGAUGGCUGACUUGCUUGCUACCUGUGUCAAACAUUAGAUUCCCUUCUUAAAUGGAAAAUGAUGAGAAAAAUAUUUCCAGAGAUUCAUCUUCUGACAAACCAGCCCAUCCAAGCUGGCAAGCUCCCAGUCCCACACCUGAUAGGCACAGAACAAAGAAAACUGAGCUGAUGUUUGUGCCUCCAGCUCACUCUUUGCUGGCCUUCAAGUUGAAAAACUACUAAAAAAAAAAAAAAAUCAACUCUGCUUAGCCCUUAGGAAACUCAAACUCUUUCAAGCAAAUCCAGUGGAGUUAGUUGCUGAAACCAUCAGGUAAAGUUUAAGAUAUGAUCUUUAUCAGAAGAGGAUAUUUUUAUUUAUUUUUACAUCAAGGUAGAGCAUGAGAGAUACAGUGAACUGAUGCAGAAAGUCCAGAGUCCUAAAAUAAUGUAUCCAAGUGCUACUUAUAUGAAGAAUCCUAGGGAUGAUAAAGUAUUGAGAAACUGGUAUGCUCUCUUAGAAAACAGGAGCAGGUGGGGAAAUACCAGCUUCUUAGGUGUUACUGAAAAUUUAAGCAAAGCCAAAAUAUUAAGGCUUUUCUUUCCAUCCACCUGUGAGACCACUGAAUUCCUGCUGGAGUGUUGGAAUGUAAAUUGUAUCCUAACAAAGCUCAUGAGAUUAAAACUCCAUAUGCCACUACCCAGUCAGAAGAAUGAUCACAGACUGCAGCUAGUGUAUAAUCCUGUGCUAGCUCCCUGUUUGUAGAGGGUGGCUUGAUCUGGGGUCCAGUUUUCAUUUUUCAGCAUUUUCAGAAACCCUGUCUGAUCGUAAGAGACAAGGGGAAAUAUGGCACCAAAUAACAAAUUAUCUUGCUUUAUUAAGCUGUGAGCUUCUUGCUGUAAUCAGGCAUUUUCUGGGGAAGACAGUGGGACUGACUGUUUUGGGAAGGUUGUAGGAAUGGUUUUAGAGAGCUCUAUUUUAGGUAAUUCUUCUAGGUUUCAUGAUUGUCUAUCUUUCUUUCCCCCAUCAUGGACUUGGUUCUGGAUUUGCUUAAUGGGGUCUACCCAGCACAGUAUGCACCAUCAUUUUGGGUUGAAAUGGUUAUUAUCUUUGUCGAAUCCUGCUCAUGCUAAGUAGCAGGGGAUGUGGCAUUGUUUUGUUUGUGCCUGAUGCGUUUGCCCACAUUGGGAUUCAUUCUCCUCAGUGGAAGUGGCAAAGAAAUAUGCUCGAGGAAGAACUGGAUGGGAAGUCACAACUUCCGCUAUGUUCCUCAUGGAGCUAGGGAAGUCUUAGAAUUUCAGGGUCUAGCAGGUAGGCAGCCCCAGAUGGAACUGACACUUUUGCUAUUCACUGUGAACCAAACUCCCUGAGAGGAGCUUCCUCCAUCGCUUGCUUUCUGAUUUCUGUUUUACCCCACUCACCUCCUUCUGUUUCUGCCAUUAGAGGAAUUCAUCAUGCAGCUAUCUCGUUAUAGUGUGUCCAUUCUAUCCCCACUCUAGAAUUAAGUCCAGUUCCUGGGGGUUGUUAUGUACUGAAUCCAUCAGAGCCACUUACCAACACAAGAAAGGACUAAAGACUUUGCUGUUUGAACUGUCUGGACUUUGGAAGUAAAUUUGUGAUGUCUGGAUUUUCUGAUAGCAUAAUGCUCAUGCACCACACAUUGUAUAUAUCCCCUCCUCCCCAUCCCAAAGUACCCUAAUAAACAUUGUUUUCUUUUUUAAAAA